UCAACUUGUAAUCAGACGCUGUUUCUACGAAGGGUUUUCCCCCAAAAGUUUCUAUUACAAGGUGUAAAAUGGGCGUGGGGACAUCCACAGCGUAUGCAGUUCGUUGCCUUCUGGCUCGUCUAAUGCACAGAACGUACACCCAGAUGCCUUUUGGCUUUCAAUCCAUCACCCACGAUCCAGAACAUCUCCGAUCUUUGUAUGUAUAUUUACAAGAAUUUCUUGUUAGCAGGAGGGUUGAGUAAAGCGGACCAAACGCCUCGAAACAAAUUGGAUGCGGUGGCCCCCAUAUCAGGGCCACAGGAAACAUUGACUUUGAAGAAUGUUCAGCACAUCGAGGAAAAGGAGCUGGAUGAAUACGAAAUAGUAGCUUUAAUAUAUCUGCUGUACGACAACUGUGAUGAUGCCGUUCGAGACUUGAAGAUUUACCUGGAAACGCUGAAGAAUCCCGGAAUUUUAUACAAAUGGGCAGAAACUCAGGAUCCCCACUGGAAGGAGAAGUUCGUCGAGGCGCUGGCCAUUAUCAAGAACUUUAAGGCUCUGAAACAACUAGGGUACUCGAAGGAAUAUCUGCAAACCAUGUACCUACCCUUGCAAGCGAGAGUUUCUUGCGCGGUUAACCACAAGCGCAAAGUCCUCUAUUUGAUCGCCGAACACUUGAACAGCGGCCAGUCCAGCCACUUGAUGGGGCUGAUGAAAAAGUCUUUAGCCAGAGCCAACAUUACAAUUCCCGACUAUUAUCGGGACUAUCUGGAGUUGAGUUUCCUCCAAUGGGAAUAUUCAAGAAUGGACUUCGGAGAUAUCCGAAACAUGCUCAAAAAAAUGGGCUUUGAGGUGUUUGCCGAUGAGCUCGAAUCUGUGAUAUCUCUUUCAAAGCAAGUGCGAAGCCAAAGAAAUUUACACUCAAAUUCCCUGGAGAAUGUGGUCUUGCGACCAGACAUGCGAAGACAGCCAUCAACCGCCAAAGACAAUACCAAUAACUUUUCAAUUGGAUCGUUUGAAACCGCCCAAUUCAGCGAAAUUACUGCGGACGAAAUGUCGAGGGAAUGGAACUCAUACCCGAUUGAUCGGGAUAAACCGGGAGUCGCCCUCAUAAUCAACCAGGAAGCGUUUUACACUGAAACCAACCCGGCGUAUACAGAUUUGCUGCAUGACCAAAGCGACAAUAUUAUGCUAGAAAACAGGCAGGGCACCGAAAAGGACAGUGACCGACUGAAGUCAGUGUUCAAUAGAAUGGGCUACAAAGUGAUAGUCAAGCCGAAUCUGGCCCACUACGAUAUGAUCAAACAAAUAGAAGAAACAAUUGACGCAAUUGUCGAGGAAAGCAGUUUGAUUAUCUGCAUUUUGUCGCAUGGAGAAACCGGAGUUGUCUAUGGGGCGAACAGCUGCCGAGUGUCUGUGGAGAAAAUCACGCACAUAAUGUGCGCGAGGAACGAGAACUUAGUCGGCAGGCCGAAAGUGUUAAUUCUGCAAUCCUGCCAAGGCAGGCAGUGCCAGAAAUUAAAAAAGCCGGUUGCCGUCGAUGGCAAUAGAACGGAUGGUCCGGCUAACGGGCCAGUCACCGCAGAUCUUCUCACGUUUUGGGCCACCAUUAGGGGUCAUGCGGCCAUUCGCAACGUGAAUAGAGGCUCAUGGUUCAUCCAGGCUUUAUGCGAUGAGAUCGAGAAAGGAAACAACAGAUACCACUUUUUGGAAAUAUGCACUCGGGUUGUACACCAAGUGACCAGCAUGAAAUGGGAGGAUUCUUCUGGCAUCAACGUGAUGACGCCCUUGGUUGAGCUCACAUUGAGGAAGCCCUUCUAUUUGCCUCCUUUCCGAUCUGACUGACGUUGUUUCAUGUUCAGGGGUUUCUUCAUUAUAAGUCCGUUGCAGUUA